AUGCCAUGCGGUAUGCACAGGCGCCCGGCCAACGUUCCAGCAAAGCCGCUCGAUUACUACGAUCGACCACGCAAGUCCGCUCAGAGGUAUCGACGAGUACUGAAGCAAGGCGAGAAGCGCGGAGAUUGCUCAUGCGACUACCACGACUACCCUCAGCUACGAUUCGAAAGCGAACACGCUGAAGAGACAUUCAAGGACAAGCCAUUCCGCUUCGCAGGCCUGCCCACCGCGAUCCGCAAGCAGAUCCUUGGCGAAGCGGUCCUCUUCGACGGAGUCAUCGAGUUCUGCCCGGAACCUUUCCAAUGGUCGGGCUACGGCCGGCAGAAGGGCUGCGAGGAGGAAUUUCGUGAGGCUUGCAGCCACCAGUACGAUACAGUCAAGCCUAAGGUCUACACUAGCUGGGCCCUGAUGCGGACCUGCAAGCAAUUCAAGGAGGACAUCACGGAGGACUUCUACUCCUCGAACGAGUUCCGCUUCUCCAAUGUGACGGGUUGGGUCACAUUGGACAUCUUACUGCAGAAGAUCGGUUCCGAAAAGGCAGCUAUGAUCCGCAAGCUGAGCGUCAGCCACCCUGGCUUGAACGUCCUCCCGGAAUCACUCAGUACCCUCGGCACAUACGCUGGAGCUCAAAUCUACAUCUCUAUGAUUGGUGACAUCCGCAGUGAGCCAGGCUUCGACACUUACAGCGAUAAGCGUUGGUUCGAAUCGGGGAAAGCCAUCCUGGAUCCAGUCCUCGUCCUCGAGAAGAUUGGCAAGCUUCGGGAGCUGCGCUGGAUCAUUCCAGCCUUCAGCCGCCACGGGGUUGUUCCCUAUAUGGAGAGCCCAGUCGACCAGAACAAGUUCGAGAACUUAACCAUGACCUGGGCAGGCGUGCACACCAAGCAGGAGUACACUUUCGACACGUACAACGAUCCGCGGGUGUUGAUGUACAGUGCUCAGCACAAGGCGAAGGAGUUUGCUGAGGCCCACACCGAGAAGACCAACAAGAUCUGCAAAUACGAAGAUCACUGGCUCGACGAGAACGGCGAGUGGGUCGACAGCGUUGUGGGUGAGAGCCAGUGGGUGAACGAGGGUAUAUAUGAUGGCAUCGAAGCUCUGUUCGCCGAAGAGUAA